AUGGACACUCAACCACUUCAACAAGUCCCGCGUUCCCAAGAGUUCGCUGGAAGACUACUCUUCGUAAUCAUUCUCUUCCUCUUCCUCAACGGGCCAGGAAAUCAAGCACCCGCGGGAGCAGGCUUCCCAUCGGCACGCGACUACGCUCAAGAGCGCAUAACACGAUCGCGACAGCAACUCGAUGUCCUGAACCGUACGCGAUGGCAAGACUUUGCGCCUAAAGGAUAUGAUACCCCCGGGUACGAACCUGGCAGGUAUGUUAACUUGACUGGGUUUAGAGACCAGGACGAUUACAAUUGGAGGAGGCUGGGCCCAUGGAAAGAGCGUUGUGAUGAAUUCAGCAAGGCCUCAAGGAAGGAGUGGGUUAAGGGCGAAGAGGAGAAGAAUGGACCUGGAUUCGUGGGACAGGUUUAUAAUAAUAUUACGGGUGUUGUGGUGGGCGAGUGGGUGCGGUACGAGAAAGAUCUUGGACUGAAAGACCAGUUGACGAGACAUUUAAAUCUUACAGAGAUAAGUCCUCAUACGGAUUGGGCUUUUACGAAUGAGAAGUUCUGGACACGAAAUAUCACUGGGCAGGAGGGAAAAUUGCUUCUGAGGAUCGAUGAGAAAGACGUCGAGGAAUUGGACUUGGGGGAUACUUCUGUAGGGAAAAGGAAUGCGGCAUGGGUGAGGGAAGUCGGGGCUACAAUGACGAUUCAGGACGAGACGAGUAGUGGUGAUGGUUGGGAGAUGAGGGUCCAUGGUGUACACUGGCCGAGAACAGGAGUUGUGCUCAUGACCACUACGAGUGAUAAGUUUGCUGGUGUGUUUGGUCUGCCACAUCUUGCUACAAAUGCGGGUUAUUAUACCUCUAGCCAGAAGCUACUCAACAUGACUUUAGAGAAAACAGUUGAGCGCAUGGAAAAGGCGGUUUGGAUCGAUCCAAGUAAUCCAUGGACAUCGAGUCCAGAUAGCCAAGGGGAUGCAAUGAUGCCGACGCCUCACUGUGAAUUCCUCGUCUACGCUCAGGUUCAUCCUGUGGUGUAUCCUUCCAUUUCACCAAGGGGCGAGAACUCCCUCGGCCGGCAAAAGUACAUUGGGGAGAUUGAACAAGAAUUAAGAUUUCCGAAUGGUGCGCCCAUACCUCCAGCUCCCGAAUUGAAAAUGUCGACUGUCAUAUUCUCACCCGAUUGCGGGUUCAUUUUAGAAUCGAAAGGACCACCAGAUUUCUCGCAUGCAGAUGGCGAGCAUCUUGUCGGUUUGAAGCAAGAAGUAUGGCUCAAUGACAUCGAAUAUUGGCUUUUGGUAUUCGCGGUGGUUAUGUCCGCCCAGAUUUUACUCUUGAAGGCUCAGUCAAAGGAGGCAUCUACACCUUCAACUGUUGGAAGAGUUAGUCUUUAUACUGUCACCAUGAUGUUGGCAGGAGAUGCAUUUUUAUUUGUUACUUUGAGCUUUAUCUCGACACUGGCUCCCAACCUCUUUCCCUCAUCACUAAUAGCUGCAUUUGCAGCCCUAAUGUCAAUUGCGCUUGGUAUCAGGUUUGUUGGAGCAGUAUAUAAUGUUCAGGAGCCAGAGCGAAGAGAGCGUCUUCGUCUUCAACUAGCAGCUGAAGAGGCUCGCAGGCCGCCUCGUCUGACAGUCAGUCCUGCAGAAGCUGCUAGAGCUGCGAUUGCGAGGGUCGUAGCAGAGAGAGAUGGAACGGCCGUUGCUACGUCUGGUAUCUCUGCUGUACCAAACCAACCUUCCUCGAUCACUUCACCUGGGCUAGUCGGAGGAGCAGAAGCACCACGCACACAAGCGGAAAUACCUAUCAUAAUCCCUUCGGAUCAAGAUAUCGAUGCAGAGAUUGAAGAAAAUAGAGCAGCUGCUCCUGCUUCAACUGCACCACUUCUCCCUAUCACCAACACCCCCGCAAAUGUACAAACCCAAACGCCGGCGACAUCCAGUUUCGGCGCUUUGUAUGUGAAAUCCGUCAUGGCAUUUACAUUUCUACUUUUCGUCUCAGCCUCCGCCUCAUCUUGGUCCAAGCCUUGGAGAUCAGCAUACAUCCACCUUCUCUCACUCACCUACCUCUCCUUCUGGGUUCCCCAAAUUCGACGCAACGUCAUCAGAAACUGCCGCAAAGCACUCCUCUGGCGCUUCAUUAUCGGCCAGUCCAUCCUCCGUCUCCUCCCAUUCGCCUAUUUCUACCUGCGCGAAGACAAUUUCCUGUUUGCGGAUCCGGACUGGAAAGCUUUCUGCGUUUACGCUGGCUGGGUAUGGAUCCAAGUCUGGAUGCUCGUUGCGCAAGAGAUCCUCGGUCCUCGAUGGGGGAUACCCAAAGGUUGGACAGAGGAAGGUUGGGACUACCAUCCCAUCCUCCGCGAAGACAACGUGGAAGCGGGUGGUCUACCUAUUGGCCUCGUUCAAGUCCCGAACUCACCCACCCUUCAACGCACCGACUCCGGCAGCUCGGAAGACCGCAAGAAGAAGGAAGGCACGGUCAUGAGUCUUGAUUGCGCGAUCUGCAUGCAGAACCUCGAGGUUCCCGUCGUUGCGGCUGGCGAAGAUGCGGCUGGCGCGACGGGCGUGGCGGGCAUGCUGGCGAGGAGACAGUAUAUGGUCACGCCUUGUAGACAUAUGUUUCAUAGUCAGUGUUUGGAGGGUUGGAUGCGGUUCCGUCUGCAAUGCCCGAUUUGUAGGGAGAAUUUGCCGCCGUUGUAG